AUGGAAUGCCAUGAGCAGAAUAUCCAACUAAGUACUAACCAUUCUUUGUUCUUUGUAUUUGUUUCUCAGGUUAUCAAAGAUGUAGGGGAUGUUCAUGACAAGAGGCAUAAUUCUCUUAAGAACCAAAACUUGCCAGCAUACAAUUCAAUCGAAGCAGUCUCUAUACUGUCAACUGCAAACUUGUUGGAGAAUAUGCCCAGCUCUGAAACUUACAAUGCAGAGUUGGCAGUCUUAGAUCUUUAUUGUGGUUGUGGUGGUAUGUCAACUGGAUUGUGUCUUGGUGCCAAACUGUCUUGUGUUAAUCUUGUCACGAGAUGGGCCCUUGACAGUGAUAAAUCUGCCUGUGAAAGCUUGAAGUUAAAUCAUCCAGAAACGCAAGUCAGGAAUGAAGCAGCUGAGGAUUUUCUAGAACUGUUAAAAGAAUGGGAAAAGUUAUGCAGACGGUAUACAGUCAAUGAUGUUGAAAGAACUCAUCCAUUAAGAUCAAAAACAUCAAAAAUACCCAAGAAUAGUAAUGAGAUUGCUACAGACGAAUAUGAAGUUUCGAGGAUUGUUGAUAUCUGCUACGGUGAUCCUAAUAAGACAGGAAAGCAUGGAGUAAACUUUAAGGUAAAAGACAUUCCUUUAAGAUGCCUGAUGACAAUGUCUGCAAGGUCAUGA